UCCUCUGAAGUCAUCAUGGUGUCACAGCUGCUGGGAGGAAGUGGACGGAGGAGAGGGUACAGCUUGGGACAAGACCAGUUCACACAGGGCCUGUCUCGCCCCGCUGCACAUAUGGAUGAGGGGUGGAGUCUGUGUGUCCUCUACCUGCAGCAGCAGGGGCGGGGCCCACGUUCUCUGCUCGGGCAUCUGAGGAGAGCAAGGCACGGUUUCCGCCUGGCUCCUCCCACACCGCCCUCCCCAGCUGCCCACCGCUCUGCCUCCGGCCUGCCUGCCGCCCGUGCUCCCUCCAUGCAGAGGCCGAGCAGCGGUCCUAAGAGAACCCUUCUGGAUGGCAGGACGCUCCCAGGGCCAGCCCCAUCCGCACCCCCUUGGCAAAGCGGAUCAGGCCCCCUCUCGCCGGCUGAGCAGGGCGUCUGUCAUCUGUCGUCAUCCUGGAUUGGCCGGCAGGAAGAGGAGCAGGACUCAGAUGCUGACAAGGGCCCGGCCCCAGCAGAGCCAGAGGAUGAGGAAGGAGAGGCCUUCUCCUUUAAAUACAGCCCCGGGCAGCUGAGGGGGAACCAGUACAAGAAGAUGAUGACCAAAGAAGAACUGGAGGAGGAGCAGAGAGUUCAGAAAGAGCAGCUGGCUGCCAUCUUCAAGCUCAUGAAGGACAACAAGGAGACGUUUGGCGAGCUGUCCGACGGCGACGUGCAGGAGCAGCUCCGGCUCUAUGACAUGUAGGCCUGGCGCCUGGCGAGACCCCACACAGGACGGCCUGACUGCAGGGCCAGGACUCGGUCCUGACUCUGGGCCCAAGUGCUUUGUGAUUUCCAGACUUUUGCGGGCUUAACUUUAUCUCAUAAAUAUAGAUGUAGGUUACCUACAAUUUUGCUCAA